ACCAACACCACGGUCUCAUUGGGGAAAUGGGGAGGGAGGAGGGAUGACAAGGAAGGAGGGACAGCGGAAACGUACACGGAAGUGGGCAAAUUGGGAAAUGGUGUUUUCUUGGUCACCGCUAUCACCGGCCCCCAGUAAAAGAAACGAAUGAUGAUCAGAAAUAAUAACUGUUGGCAUAGAAACACAUGAUAAACACACACGAUAAAAACGCACAUGAUCACAUCAUCACACUGACAAAUAGCUAGAAUCUACUGUCAUAGCCGAUCGAGGCUUGCAGUAGGCCUAGCUUUAGGCUAUCCUAUUUAUGUAGGCUAUGCCUGCUACUGAAACUUUGUAGGCUACAGAUAGGCCUACUGAUGUUCUUAACAGAUCUAUUAUUGGAAUCACAAUUUAAUAGCCUACUUAUAGCCUAAGUAAUCUUGAAUGUGGACACUAUUGACCAACCUUCCGUUUUUUUUAAUAUAAUAGGCCCUACAUUUAUAAAAAAUAAAUGUGCUGUGUAUUAUGUUUAAGCAGUUCUCCCCUCUGUUUGGGAUGAAAUAAUCAUAUAAACAUAGUUUAUUUAAUUAACUGAAGCAGAGAGGGUUAAAGUGGAGCUUUGACUGAAGUUAUGAGCUGUCCAAAGUUACUGUUCGUUCAAGGGGAAACUUAACGGUCCAACGUCAUAGCAGGUGACGUCACAAUUACGCUCCUGUCAAUGUCAGCGAAAUUCUUAUUUCAGAUCAUUUAUGCAUAUCUUCACCGCAGGACUCACCGCUUUUUUUUUCAGUAGCCUAGAUCAUUUGGAUUUGGUUCAGUCUAGAUAAUAUUCAAAUUUGAUACGCUUUAUUUCUGCUGAUUCUCAUCAACACAUUUUUAAUGUAGCUCCUGUCCGCGGAAUUUUAAAUGUAAUGGAUCUUCAAGAGGAGUUUGGAAAACUCCAUGCAGACAGUGAGGAGAUGAAAAAGAUGUUACAGCUCCUGCUUUUACACCAGGAACAGUAUCAGAACACCGGCAACCUGAGCUGUACCGCAUGUCAUCGGCUGCUUCCUCAUCUCCAGCCUCGUCUUCUGCCCUUGCCCCAAUAUCCCCACGGCCCACUCCAGCCCUUGCAUGCCAGUGCGGCACCUGGCCAACGGAAGCUGCUAGCCCCCAUACCCCCUGCAUCCCCCCACCACCAGCUGCAGCGGUCUGUGAGGGGUAUGCUGAGACCCCUGAGCUCUCAUCAGAAGGAGCGCCAGACCAACAAGGAACUCCUGCAGGAGGUCGUGGAACUGGCUGAGGAGAUAAUCUUUCAGGAGGAACUCGCCACUCGCAAUGAUGCCAGGGCCUUGGCCCAAACAGGCAGCUCUGUGGGCAGCUUCAGGCCUGUGGAUCGCAGGACCCCAUCGGCACCCAGUACUCUGCCCUUCAUCAAUUCGCCAAUUGCCCCUGCUAUCCCCACCCCCCCAAAGACAACCAGUCACAGACAGUUUCAGAGUAGACUACCCCGUUUCAAGAAGACAAUGUCACUCAAUGUGGUCACUGAGACAGAGCAAAAGGCCGUUGAUGCACUGACAGGGAUGCAUGGGGAAACAAGAGAGCAUAAGGAGGUGAAGAAGAGGAAAGUGAAAGAGGCGAGGCACGCCAACAAGACCCAGCUGGCCAAGAGUCUCCCAGAGUUGGCCAGACAGCGCCCUCUGUCCUGUCCCGAGGAGGCCCUCCUGCAGGCCUUUACAGCGUUCAGCGACGAUGACUGGGAGAAGAAGAUCAAGGCCCUGAUCUCCAUCAGGUCUCUGGCUCAGCACCACUCUGAAGUGCUGCUGCCCAGGCUGCAUGACGUCUGUCUGGCCGUCAAUAAAGAGGUGAGGCACCUGCGCAAUGUAGUAUCCUGCGCUGCCAUGGUGACACUGGCACACCUGUUUGCUCACCUGGGCCAGGACAUGGAUGCAGAGGCCGAGGGCACAGCCCGAACACUGCUGCCAAAGGCUGGAGAGUCCAGCAACUUUAUAAAGGACAUGGACCUGGCCCUGGGGUAUAUGGUGUAUAGCAUCACCCCCAUCCGCAGCAUGAACGCUCUGAUCAAGGGAGGACUCAGCCACAAACACACAGCCGUGAGGAAGAGCACUGCACGGCACCUGGAGAAAGUGACGGAGGUCAUGGGGGCAGCUUGUCUCUUGUCUGGCAAAAAGGACUUGACUGCCCGCUUCAUCCAAGUUGCCAGCUGCCUUGCCCUUGACCACGCACUGGAAGUCAGGAAUCAGGCCCGUAACAUUCUGUCUGUAGUGGCUGCCCAUCCUGACCUCAUCAAGAUGGUGGAGAGGUUCGCCCCUCUGAGUGAUCAAAUCCGCAUCAAGGACUUUAUUAAUACAUGCCAGAAAAGACCUUUGCGCUGAAGUAGACAUCAGAGCCAGCCAGAAUGAUACCGCACCCACGGGGUCACAGACACACACACAACA